ACUAAAUAUAACAUAAUGUAGAUUUUGAAGUAUGUGCAGAACUUGCUACAAACUGGGACCAGCUGCCAAAUAUUUUUUUCUGCACACAUUCAUUUGAUCUACGAUGUAACCUUCGGUGUUAAGUUAUUUUAUACAAGCUGACUUUAACACUGAGUACAGCAUAUUAUGAUUUGGGUAUUGAAAAUUACUUAUAAAUAUUGCAUGUAGCUUAUAAUGGUUUACAUUGGAUUUUCCACAGGAUAUACAAUGCAUGUUGGACCUUGCCCAUGACGUACACAAAUACUGCAAAUUGGCUGCAGCGAAGGAAUAAAGACAAGAUACAAGGUCUUCUUUCUAAUAAGGACGCACUAAGUGGACACACAGGAACAACAGGAAGGGGAGACAGAUUCGAACAAAUUGAGAUAGAACAUAUUGAAAAGGGUCACACUGGGGUUCUUUACUUUGAAAGAGAUCACGCUGUAACCGCAUGCUUGCUAGCGUUAGCGUGUACGUUUCACAUCAAAAGACAUCUGAACACAAGUUAAACGUGGACAUUUACUCAAGAUUAAAGGAGAACAAAUCAUUGUUAAUUAGCAGAGAAGUGCUGGAUCUAGGGUCAAGAUCAAAAGCACGGUAAUACAAAAUACAUCCCAGGAGGCGAUAAACAAACAACCGAACGACAAAACAAUUGAAAACAAGAACCAGAACAACAGCAAAAACAACAACAACAAUAACAACAGCAGGAGCAGCAGCAGCAGCAAACAAGCAAAGAAGCUGAUGAAAUAUUAGAGUGACACUGACAAUUAAACAGGCAGGCAAACAAUCUGAAGGAGUCGGGCGUUGAGAGAGUCGGUGACCUCUCGGAAAACAAGCCUUCACCGGGGAAGCUGGGACGGUCAACGUCAUGUCCGGAGGUGACGUCACGGCGGUUGUCAUUGAUAACGGGACGGACACAUGCAAAGUCGGCUUCGCCGGAGACCAAAAGCCACGAUGUCUCAUGCCCGCGGUCGUUGGGCGGAACGAACAUCACGGUCAUGGCCUGGCCUUAGGUCCCACCAAAGACUUUUACGUGGGUUUUGAGGCCUUGUCUCGGCGCGCGGUGGUCAACUUGAGUCACCCGGUACAGCGAGGCCUGGUCACUUCGUGGGAGGACAUGCACACAGUCUGGGAACACGCCUACACGGACGAGCUGUGUGUGGAGUCGAAAGACCAUCCAGUUCUGAUCUCCGAGACACCUGGCACUCCGAGGGAGAACAGAGACAAGAUGGCGGAGGUUUUGUACGAGACACUUCACGUGCCUGCUCUCUGUGUGGCUAGUCCGGCUGUGAUGUGCAUGUACAGCAGUGGACAGACCACAGGGACGGUUCUGGACAUUGGUGCCGGUCUCACUCGAGCAGUAGCUGUCCAUGAGGGCCGGCCGGUGUCCGGAGCGUUGGUCAGUCAGGACAUGGCUGGCUCGGACAUCACACGCUUCCUCUACCGUCUGGUCACAGAGAAAGAGGUCAACGCCAGCAUACAGACGGACCACGCCCACAUGGAGCUCAUCAAAGAACAGCUGGGAUACGUGGCACUGGACUUUAAUAAGGAGUUCAAGAAAAUGACCAAAGGUCAUCGUAAAGCCCCGGCAGAGGAGGCAGUGAACACGACUUAUGAACUGCCCGACGGUCAGAUUAUCAAGAUCGCCUCUGAGCGGUUUCGGUGUGCCGAGGCCUUGUUCCAGCCCAAGCUGAUAGACCGGCCGAACCUCUUGGGCCUGCAUAAGAUGGUGCAUACGGUGAUUGGUCAGUGCGACUCGGACAUCCGGAAGUCACUGUGGAGUCACGUGGUACUCUCAGGCGGAAGUUCCAUGUUUGAGGGUCUCAGCGCCCGCCUGGAGCAGGAACUGGCCAAACUCAAACCGAUUGGGUCAAAGGUCAAACUUUCGGUGCAUGAAGACCGCAUAGCCUCUGCCUGGAUCGGCGGUUCUGUCUUCGCCUCAAUGUCCACUUUCAGUGACCACUUGGUGACUAAAGAGCAGUAUCAGGAGGCUGGACCCGCUGUACUGUACAAAGACCUGUAGACAUCUUCAGAUCACCCCCGCCAAAUUCAUGCCCAGUUUCGUCAAGCUGUUGUGUGUGCAAGAGAAAGGGGUCAGCAGGAAGACAUUAGAGCUGUGUUCAUGCUCGUCUGUUUUAUAGCACACUGACCACGGAUACACACACACACUCACAC